AUGCGGCCACAGAGCUCAUUAUCCUGCCUCCUCGCCCUUCUCACCGCCCUCUCCCUCUCACCUUUCACCGUCGCCGAGAACAUCAUCGAGUCGAACUCGUUAAACUCGUGCAAGAGCGGCUCCAAUUUUACAGCAACGCUGUUCAAUGUCGCCUACACCCCUAAGAACAGCAGCAUCGGCAUCAACAUCAAUGGUGUCUCCUCCAUAGUGGGAAAUGUGACGGCGCAACUGGAGGUGAUCGCCUAUGGAUUCACCAUCCUCAACGAAACUCUCGACCCCUGUUCGAUGGGGCUGGCAGGGUUCUGUCCCAUGCAGACCGGUCAGAUCAAUAUCGAGACAAAUAUUGAUGUUCCCAGCGAUGUCUCCAAGCAAGUGCCAGGGAUCGCGUAUACUGUACCCGACCUGGACGGUGUUGUUCGAGUCUACGUCACCUCUCUUGACACGGGCGACGUGAUUGCUUGCAUGGAGGCCGAUCUUUCCAAUACGAAGAGUGUCUACCAACCUGCUGUAGGCUGGGCUACUGCCAUCAUUGCCGGCUUGGGUCUCGUUGCGGCUGGCGUCACUUCGGGCCUUGGUCAUCCCAAUACCGCGGCCCAUGUUGCUGCGAACGCUGUCUCGCUCUUCGGCUUUUUCCAAGCUCAGGCUGUGAUUGGAAUGACCUCGGUGACGAUGCCGCCUAUUGUGCAGUCAUGGACCCAAAAUUUCCAAUGGAGCAUGGGUAUCAUCCGUGUUGGAUUUCUGCAAUCCAUCGCUACAUGGUACCAACGAGCAACGGGGGGUACACCAACUACGUAUCUUUCGACUCUCAGCACGUUCUCCGUCCAGGUCCAGAAGCGCGCCAUCAAGCGCUCCCUCGACACCAUGGUGUCGUUUGCAACACAGAAUCUUCGAUAUCUCGCGAAACGUCAGAGCUCCGCGACCACAACCGCCACGGCCGAUAACGUCAAGGUGGUUCGUGGAAUCGAUAGAGUCGGUUUCAGAGCAGGGAUUGAGCAGACCAACAUCUUCAUGACCGGUCUGAUCUUCUUCGUCUUUAUUCUCUUCAUGGUCGCCGUCCUGGUCGCUCUCACCAAGGUGAUCCUCGACGGCUGUGCCAAAGCCGGCUGGAUGCGGUCGGAACGAUUCUUGGAGUUCCGCAAUGGCUGGAAGAUUGUCAUCAAGGGCAUUCUGUUCCGAUUGGUCGCGCUCGGCUUUGUGCAAAUGUCCAUCCUCUGCCUAUGGGAAUUGGUCGAGCGGGACUCCGCCGCCGAGGUUGUUUUGGCUCUGGUCGUCUUCAUCUCCAUGGCCGCCGCUCUGGGAUGGGCCUCGUUCAAAGUCAUCCAACUGGCCAAGAAGUCGGUCGCCAUGCACAAAAACCCGGCCUACAUUCUCUAUUCCGACCCUGAAUGCCUGAACAAGUGGGGCUUCCUUUACAUCCAGUACCGUGCGACGGCCUACUACUUCAUUGUCCCUCUCUUGGCGUAUAUCCUGGUCAAAGCUAUUUUCAUUGCCUUUGCGCAAAAAUCGCCGGUCGCUCAAGCUGUCGGCCUCCUCAUCGUCGAAGCCGUUGCGUUGAUCGGUACCAGCGUGGUGCGACCCUACAUGGACAAGAAGACCAACAUCUUCAACAUUUCCAUUGCCGCAGUCAACUUCUUGAACGCCAUAUUCCUCCUGGUCUUUUCAGAUGCUUUCGGUCAGCCGGAGAUGGUCUCGGGCGUCAUGGGCGUCAUCUUCGCCUUCUACAACGUCGUCUUUGCGGCGGUUCUUCUGCUCCUGGUGCUUAUUGCCUCCAUCUAUGCUAUUGCAUCCAAGAAUCCUGAAAUCAGAUAUCAGCCGAUGCGCGACGACCGAGGUAGUUUCAUCAAGUCUCAGGCCGCCCUCACCACGGAGCUGGACGCACUGGGCGCAACUGCGAGACAAGAUGGACAAACUGCGUACGUCAAAGACAAAGGCUAUGAUGAUGAUGCGUCCUUUACCAGCGAGUCCCUCAAGCAUCAACCCGAGAUCUCGCAGCAACCAAUGACGCAAACUCAACCAUAUCCUCCACAGGACUACAACACCCCCAUGUAUCCUAGCGAUCAGCCGGGUCGUCGCGGUCCGCCACAAUCACAUGAGCAACGACAGAUGUACAAUCAGGGGUACAACAACAGUGGCGACUACGGCUAUGGUGGACGACCAACCACGGGUCACAGCCAGCAAACGUAUGACCGAAGCAUGAGCAGUCUGGCUAGCGGUGGCUACCAAUCGCAGCCACCUCGGUCCGCACAGGGCGGCCAUCCUCCACCACAAUCUUUCAGACAGCAAAACAACUCAAGCCCCUGGCAACGAGGCGCAGGUUAUGAUUAA